GAGGCGUGCGAACACGAUUAUAUAGUUUAGAUGUUGGUGAUCUUUUCCCAAAGUUCCACCCUCAAUUCAAUAUCCUCUCCCUCCCUUUCAAUUCAAGACUCCAAUCCAAUCCCUCUUCUUCCCCUUCUCUACUCUCUAAAUUCAUGUCUAAAAGCUAUCAAUUUCUAAGGUAGUUGUUAUUAAAUCAACCAAAACACACACAUACCCUUAAUUAACAAACUCUGUUAAUUAUCUAUCUGCUUAAUCUCUUGUGUUCUGUUCUCCUCUGUUUCUUCCUUCCUCUGUGAUAUUGAUAUCAUGAAGAAGCUCUGUCCCAACCUUGAUCGCGAGGACGCGCUCGAAACGGUGCUGGAAGUCCCCAUACCGGAGGAGAUUUUCACCACCAAAACCGGAACCACCACCAGAGCUUGGCAAAACAUGAAGUCAUGGAUGAUGAAGCCAAACAUUGAAUCCAGAUCAUCAUCACUCUUUGGAGAUCGAAUCACAGACAUCCAGUUAUUACUCGGCGUUAUUGGAGCACCAUUGAUUCCUAUCCCUACCUCAGAGUUCCAGCAACAACCCUUCAUCCAUGGCAGCAUCAAAACUCAAAACAUUGAGGCUUCAAUGGCGAGAUACAUAGUGAAACAGUACGUGGCGGCGGUGGGAGGAGAGGGUGCUUUGAAUUCGGUGGAAAGCAUGUGUGCGACGGGUCAGGUGAGGAUAGGGACCUCAGAGUUCACGACAGGGGAAUGUGGUGUGAAGAGCAAGAAGAAGAUGGAUAAGGAGGUGCAGAUGGGAGGGUUUGUGCUAUGGCAGAAGAGGCCGGAGCUGUGGUGCUUGGAGCUGGUGGUUUCUGGAUACAAGAUCAGUGCAGGGAGUGAUGGUAAAGUGGCUUGGAGACAAACCCCUUGGCACCAUUCUCAUGCUUCAAAAGGCCCACCUCGACCACUCAGGCGUUUGCUUCAGGGUCUUGAUCCAAGGUUGACGGCCAACCUCUUCAACAACUCAACAUGCACAGGGGAGAAGACAGUGAACAACGAAGAAUGCUUCGUCCUAAAACUCGAAGCAGAGUCGAAUUCACUUCGAGCUAGAAGCAGCAGCAACGUAGAGAUCAUCAGCCACACAGUGUUAGGCUACUUCAGCCAGAGAACAGGGCUUCUAGUCCAGUUAGAAGAUUCCCACUUGCUCAAACUCAAAUCCCCUGAAAGUGACGAUACAAUUUUCUGGGAAACCAACACUGAGUCUUCAAUACAAGAUUACAGGACAGUGGAUGGUAUCAGCAUAGCACACUCCGGGGUGACUUGGGUUUCGUUGUCGAGGUUCGGCGAAGGAGGCCCUGUUGAGAGCCAUUCGAGAACUAGAGUAAAAGAGGUUUGGCAAAUUGAAGAGGUGGAUUUUAACAUCAAAGGGUUGUCCAUUGAUUGCUUCUUGCCUCCUAGUGAUUUGAAGAAAGAGGAAGAAAAAGGGGUGGUGGCAGCAGAGUGUGCUUCUUUAAGAUUACAAAAUAAGAUUAGAUCUUCUUCUGUCAAGAUUAGUGCUUCCAAAGUAGCUGCUAUUAAUUUGGAUGAUUCGUAAUGUGAUUGAUGCUUAAGAUGAAUUUAUUGCUUGCUAAUGUGUAGUGCUAGUAACUAGUAAAGGUGCAAAAAUACUUUUAUACAUUUCAAAGCUGCAAACCAUUAACUUAAGACCAGAGUUUUAAAUUGUUGA